AGACUUCCCAUUCCUCAGUGACGGAGUCUGUGGGUCCGCGGUCUGCACGGUUUCUGCAUCUCGCGCCCUGUCAGGUAACUUAACAUGAUGGAUUUCUCCAAGCUACCAAAAAUACUCGAUGAAGAUAAAGAAAGUGCAUUUGGUUAUGUGCAUGGGGUCUCUGGACCUGUCGUUACAGCCUGUGACAUGGCAGGUGCAGCCAUGUAUGAGCUGGUGAGAGUGGGCCACAGCGAGUUGGUGGGAGAGAUUAUCCGAUUGGAGGGUGACAUGGCUACUAUCCAGGUGUAUGAAGAAACCUCUGGUGUGUCUGUUGGAGAUCCUGUACUCCGCACUGGUAAACCGCUCUCAGUAGAGCUUGGUCCUGGCAUUAUGGGAGCCAUUUUUGAUGGUAUUCAAAGACCUUUGUCGGAUAUCAGCAGUCAGACCCAAAGUAUCUACAUUCCCCGAGGUGUGAAUGUGUCUGCUCUUAGCAGAGAUAUCAAAUGGGAUUUUACACCUUGCAAAAACCUACGGGUUGGUAGUCACAUCACUGGUGGAGAUAUUUAUGGAAUUGUCAAUGAGAAUUCACUCAUCAAACACAAAAUCAUGUUACCCCCAAGAAACAGAGGAACUGUAACUUACAUAGCUCCACCUGGAAAUUACGAUACCUCUGAUGUUGUCUUGGAGCUUGAAUUUGAAGGUAUAAAGGAGAAGUUCAGCAUGGUCCAGGUAUGGCCUGUACGUCAAGUUCGACCUGUCACUGAGAAGCUGCCAGCUAAUCAUCCUUUGUUGACUGGCCAGAGAGUCCUUGAUGCCCUUUUCCCAUGUGUGCAGGGAGGAACUACUGCAAUCCCUGGGGCUUUUGGCUGUGGAAAGACAGUGAUAUCGCAGUCGCUAUCCAAGUAUUCCAACAGUGAUGUAAUCAUCUAUGUAGGAUGUGGUGAGAGAGGAAAUGAGAUGUCUGAAGUCCUCCGUGACUUUCCAGAGCUUACAAUGGAAGUUGAUGGUAAGGUGGAGUCAAUUAUGAAGAGGACAGCUUUGGUAGCCAAUACCUCCAACAUGCCUGUGGCUGCUAGAGAAGCCUCUAUUUAUACUGGAAUUACACUGUCAGAAUAUUUCCGUGACAUGGGUUAUAACGUCAGUAUGAUGGCUGACUCUACCUCUAGAUGGGCUGAAGCCCUUAGAGAAAUUUCUGGCCGCUUAGCCGAAAUGCCUGCAGAUAGUGGAUAUCCUGCAUAUCUUGGUGCCCGUCUGGCCUCUUUCUAUGAGCGAGCAGGCAGGGUGAAAUGUCUUGGAAAUCCUGAAAGAGAAGGGAGUGUCAGCAUUGUAGGAGCAGUUUCUCCACCUGGUGGUGAUUUUUCUGACCCAGUUACAUCUGCUACUCUUGGUAUUGUUCAGGUGUUCUGGGGCUUAGAUAAGAAAUUAGCUCAACGUAAGCAUUUUCCCUCUGUCAACUGGCUAAUCAGCUACAGCAAGUAUAUGCGUGCCUUGGAUGAGUACUAUGAUAAACACUUCACAGAGUUUGUUCCUCUGAGAACCAAAGCUAAAGAGAUUCUGCAGGAAGAGGAAGAUCUGGCAGAAAUUGUACAGCUUGUGGGAAAGGCUUCUCUAGCAGAAACAGAUAAAAUCACUCUGGAGGUAGCUAAACUUAUCAAAGAUGAUUUCCUACAGCAAAAUGGAUAUACUCCUUAUGACAGGUUCUGCCCAUUCUACAAGACAGUAGGGAUGCUGUCCAACAUGAUUGCGUUUUAUGAUAUGGCUCGCAGAGCUGUUGAGACCACUGCCCAGAGUGACAAUAAAAUCACAUGGUCCAUUAUCCGUGAGCACAUGGGGGAGAUCCUCUAUAAACUUUCCUCCAUGAAAUUUAAGGAUCCAGUGAAAGAUGGUGAGGCAAAGAUCAAGGCCGACUAUGCGCAACUUCUUGAAGACAUGCAGAAUGCAUUCCGUAGCCUUGAAGAUUAGAACUGUGAUCUAAUAUGUGCAGGCUCUCAUGUGUAUAUUUUCCUAAACUUCCCAUCUCAAAUCCUUUGCUUCUUUAUUGGGCGGCUUUGAGACUAGUGCCUAAGUGUUGUUAUCAUUUUUUCCCCUGUUUAUUUGGUAGGUCAUAUAUAAAACGAACAUUCCUUUGUUCCGGUGUUUGAAGGACUUCCUGAUCUUUUCUCUGAAGUGGUAAAUGUAGUAGAUACGAUAUACACUAACUGCUCUGCUGUAAACUUGUGUGUAGGGUGACAUCCCUCCUUGUCCUAGGUUUACCCUUUCCUAGUCUCCAUUAAAUUGUAAACAAGACUACUGCAUGUGUUCUCUUUGCAGUGGAUUUGGGAUGCAAGGCCAGAUUUCUAUACAUUUUGACAGGUACUUUGUGAAAUGACUUGAUAUCUAUCUACAUGGCAAAGUUAUUUGCAACUUAGCAUUUUGCUAAGUAACUGCUUUGCUACAGGAAAUAUUUGCUUUUUAAAAAACAUGAAUGAUUAAUGUCCCAACUCGGCAUUGCUUCCCCAGUAUAAAUAAGGAAUAUUUAUGGGAAACUGUUGGGAACUGUACUGUUUUUAAAACAGGCAUUUGUGGGGCUCAGUACAAUAUACGAAUCAGCACCCUCUAACCCAGUGGAAAAGGAGCCACAGGUCAUAUUUAGAUUAACAUUAUUUUGUUAAAGCUUAUUUUGUUUCAGGAAAAAUUCAGUAGCAAGGACUAUUCUGCAUUACUAGGAAAUUCCUUUUCUCAAACAUCUCAGAAGCCUAAGCUUCUAAGAAUCAUGUGGCAGUAUGGUGAGCUGUAAAAUGUCACAAAGAAGAUAUUUAGUAGUAGUUAAAGGCUGUUUGCACAUUUAAGGACCAGCUGGGCUAUAGUGAUUCUUGGGACCAGAGUGGCAUUAUAUUUUUACAAGAUAAUGAUGUGUCACAUGUUUGUAUAUUUGUUUGCCUAUUGAGUUUUUGAACAACCAGUUUACCAAUUAUAGAAAGUAAUAUUUUCUUUCAUGUGGGUUUUGAUUCAUCAGCUCAAAAAAGUUCUCAGAAUACUGUAGCCAUAGAAGCAUAAUGGUUUCCAUUCGGUUUAAUAGGGAUGAAAUUAAUACUGGUAUCUGCUGAUAGCAGAAUCUGGGUCAUGUGAAAAAAGAUCAUUUCAUCCUGUCUUUUAAGUUUAUGUUUUAAACUAAUAGUUUCUGUGUUUGUAUUGUACAAUAAGGCACACCACAGAACAGCUGUGAGAGCAACAGUUUCCCAUUUUCUCUUUCUGACCAUUAAGUGCUGGCACCAUUGCUUCCUCUUUGGGAAGAGGAAAAGGCAUGUGAGCAUGCCAGCAAUCUCAAAUACCCAAAUGUAAUAGCAUAAGUAAAGUAUUUAUUUUAUGCCUUAAUAUGUUAAAUUUUUAGGGAAUGUAUUUCUUUUGGUCUGUUAAGGAUCUAAGAUGAGGUCAGUAGAGAAUUCAGUUAUAGUUUAUUUAAAUCCUUGCAAAUUGCAUGUUCGUACAGUGGCCUGCUCCUCAGAGAGAUGUUCUUCCACACUUUUUGUAACCUUUCAGAAUACUGGAAGAUAGAAAUUUUGCAGUGCUUUGUAGAGAUGUGGACUUAAUGAUGCUGCUUAAUCAGUUUGCAUCCAAUGUGGCUUCCUACCAGAGGCCCUAAGGCCAGUAGAUAUUAAAAGAAUUUGAAAAACUUUCUAUUUGUACCUUAAACUUACCAGCAAACUAAGAUGGUGGUGGGAAUGAAUGAUAUGAUGGAAAAGUUGGAAUAGUUUUUCUGUAGUUCUGAAUUUGCAGUAUACAUUCUUACUCCUUUUUCGGAAUGUUGAUGUAUGGAUGUGAAAAUGCUAGAGAAAGUAUGCUCAGAUGUUCAUUUUAAGUUCCCUUCACUUAUAUGUUGUAGAAUUUCAGAUUGGUCACUGAUCAUAUUUCUUCAGUAAGAAAGUGUUAAAAUUUCAAGUCUUAUAAAAAAGAUGCAACUCUAUAUUUAUUGUGCUUCACCUGGUCCUAAGUGAAUCCAGUUAAAUAAGUUUCAUGUGUAUUUUUCCAGUGCUAAGUCUCACAUUGUACCCUUUGGAAAUUUCCUUCCACCCUAAAAAAUGAAUAGGAGGGACUGUGUGUGUGUGUGUGUGUGUGUGUGUGUGUGUGUGUGUGUGUCUCUCUCUCUCUCUCUCUCUCUCUCCCCCCCCCCAUCCUGGAAAUUUCAUUCUCUUUAUGUGAAAAGUUGUGUAUAAUUGUUAAAAUCUAUGAAAGAAUAAAAUGUGGAUUUAAAUUAACAUUAUUUUAUUUGUGUGUGUGUAUGGGUCAAGAUCUGCUAGAAAACAUGCCACCUUGUUGUAUUUUGACUUGAGGUUUUCAGUACGAUUUUCAAAUUUUUUAUUUCUCCCUUUCUUUACAGAUUGUUAUUUAAGACCAUGAAAUUGAAUCGGGACCCUCACUGUAGACUGCACAAAGUUCUAUAAUCACAUACACUGUGAUUUGGAAAUGUAAUACACAGCAUCCCAUGCCAUUCUGAAUAUUAUUUUAAAUUGAAGAAGUAAAUGAUUUGUAAAAAUACACUUAUAAAUGAAAGGAUAUCAGUGGU